UGUGUUUCAUCUACCGAAGCUUUGUGGGCUGCAUUCGAGAUUUCUGGGCAUUCUCCAUAUUUGGUUUGCUCUCUCUCGAUUCUUCUCAUUGUUUGUGAUUGAUUUUGGGAAAUUUUUGCACUUUUGUUGAGUUAUAGGUUUUGGGUUUUACAUUAUUAUGUAUUAAACAUCAGUGGGCAGAAUAGUCUGGGAUUCGAUAUGCCUUCAUACCGUCUUCAAGUUUUUUUCCUUUUUUAAUUUUUUUUUAUGAGAUAUCAUCUUCGAGUUGGAAAUGUGAAAUUACUGUGUUUUUGAGUUAAAAUAAAAAACGAGUUCUGGUAGCGAUGAGUUGUUCAGUUGCAAGACUUACUGCAUAUGACUAUAGGUAUUAAGUUACUUGUGGACCUGUGGUCAUGUUGUGAAUUACGAAUCAAGUAUAGAUCUGAUAUGCAGUUUCUAGUUCAGCUUGUUUCUUCGAUACUGCUACAAAAUAAGUACACUUACAAGAUCUCGGAUUUCACUUAUUGAAGAAACACAUAUUGAAAAGAGAAUACUAUCAAACACAACAACAGAUUUUUGAGUUUCUCGUCACUCCAUAUUUGUCGUUUAACACACUACAUGCAAGAUCCUUUUUGUGAAUAAUUUAUAUGUUCUGUUUGCAGGAGAACAUGGUUGCGAAGGUUAUCAAGCGGUGACAUGGUUUUGGGAUUGGUUGUAGCUAAUGUUGCUAUUUUUCCUUUAUGGAGGAUAGCAGACCCUAUAUUCAUGUACAAGAAUUUUACUAUCUCAUUAAACAAUUUUACAAGUGGACGUCUUCACACAUUGAUAACUUCUACAUUUAGUCAUGUUGAUAUUGGGCAUAUCAUUUCUAACAUGAUUGGACUGUAUUUUUUUGGGAUCAAUGUAAGCUCAGCUUCCUCUUUUGGGCCUGAGUUUUUGCUGAAGUUGUAUCUAGCUGGAGCUAUUGGUGGCUCAAUCUUUUACUUGGUGCACCAUACCUUCCUUGCUGCAUCAUUGAAGGUACCAUGA